GAUUCAAAUGUUGCUAUUCGAACAGCCGCGGCUGAGACUUUACUGGAAUUUCAUAAUGUGGAGCUUAUUGAACUCUGGGGAUCUCCGGAUAAUAAGAUGCAACAAUUUUGGCAUAUAAGUUCUCAAAUAAUUCUUUCAAUUGCCAACUUGAUAUUGGAUUCAAAAGAACGAGACACUGUUGCUAAAGAUAUGUUGGAUUUAUUAUCACAACUAUUAGUGCGUCGUAAUGAAUUUUUAAAAGCUCAUAAAGAUAAACAAUCGAAAGGAAAUAAUGUUGCACUUCGUCACACUUCAUGCAUAAGACUAGAAAGUGCCUUGCUAGUAAUGUUAUGUUCACCUGAUCCUGAAAUUUGUUUAACAGCUGUAAAUUGUUUUGGUCAAUUAUGUUUGGAAGCUGAACUUACUUCUGAAAAUCUUGCUAAUGAUAUGGAAGCUCCACCAGAGUUUCCACCUUCACAAAUGACUAUCGUUGAUAAUAUAAACAUUUACAAAGAGUUAUCUACUGUACCAUAUCCUGUACCUGGUAGAAUGGCUCAACAACGACGAAUUAGGAAAUUAUUAAGGUCAAUGACUCAACCUAAUGCUGGUAAUCUUGGUGCAUGGGAAGAAGCUUGGUCUAGAUGGCAAAACCUAACAAGAUUAAUUGCUCAAGAUCACUUGCAACAGGCUCAAUUAACUGAAUGGUUGAACUAUACAGGAUUUCUUUCAGCAUUGGGAGGGUGUUGUGUACAUGAACGAUUGCGAAACACAAUUCCUCGUUUUGGUGAAUACUCACGUCGUGUUUCU